AUGCAAUUGAUGAGCUUCUUAACCUACUUCCUGGCGGGAUAUAGUACCCUUGUAUACGGGUCUUAUCCUAUCCAGCGAGCAUCUCAGCCCAACAGCACCGUGUCCGAAAACUGCCAACGAGCGUGCGCCUCGCUUUCCCAUCUGUUCGGGCCUGCAGCCUUCCACUAUCCCGAUAACGACGAUACCUUCGCCAUUUGGGAUGCAAAGCAACAAGAAGUCCGACCAGCAUGUCGCGUCGAGCCAUCUACUGCAUCCGAUGUCUCUCAGAUAAUCAACACCCUGGUAUCCAACUGGUGCCACUUUGCCGUCAAAGGCGGCGGCCACUCCCGGCAUGCAGGAGACUCGAACUCCAUCGGUGGUGUGACUGUGGACCUCGACCGCAUAGCACAGGUUGAGAUACUGGGUAAUGGAACAAGGGCACGUGUAGGCGGCGGUGCGAAUACCUACCAGGUAUUCGCAGCCCUGGACGCGCAUAACUUGUCAUUCGUCGGUGGACGAGUCGGCACAGUCGGCAUGGGUGGGUUCACACUUGGCGGAGGGACAUCCCCCUUCUCUAACAGAUACGGCUGGGCAUUGGAUAAUGUCUACGAGUAUGAGGUUGUCUUGUCAAAUGGAACGGUCGUCACCGCUAGCGAAGCCCAUAACCCCGACUUAUACCUCGCCUUGAGAGGGGGCGGAAAUAACUUUGGGAUUGUUACAGCCUUCACUGUUCGUACUUUUGCGCAGGGCCCUGUUUCUACGACUACUACUACCUAUGCGUCCAACCAGACAGUGCAGGCCAUUGACAGGAUCUAUGACCUUUUCACUGAUGAAUCGCUGACGAGUGAUGUCGAUAUGGGCUUUGACUUGUAUUAUACGUACUCGGCAGAUGAUGACAGGUUUACGCUGUCAGGGACACAGCGCUAUGCAAAGCCCAUACAGAACCCGCCUGUGUUCAGCGCAAUUAACCAGGUACCAGCUCUAACCAGGUUCAACACGAUCUCGAAUAUGAGCAGCCAGACUCAAGGAUCUGAGCCGCUGGGUACAACGAGGCAUCUAUUCGCCACGCUCACUGUGUCCCCCUCUCGCUCUCUCCUAACCCAAGCAGUAAACAUCUUCGAGGAGGAGGUCCGUGCAAUCAGUUCAGUGGAAGGGCUAGUCCCCAACCUCAUCUCCUAUGCACUCUCGCGCAAUGCCAUCGCCGCCAUGAGACAGAGGGGGGGAAACUCCCUUGGUAUCCAAUCUGAUGGGCCAUUGCUUAUCAUUCUAAUUUCCACCGCAUGGUCGGACGCUAAUGGCGAUGAAGCCGUCGAAACGAUGACGGAAAACACCAUCUCCAGAAUCCGAGAAGCGGCUGAAAGUCUCGGCGUAGCGAACCGCUACCUGUACAUCAACUAUGCGUCGAAACGGCAGGCGGAUGAAGUUUUCGCGGGGUAUGGAGAGGAGAAUGUGCAGCGGUUGAAGCAAAUCCAGCGGGCUGUUGACCCGCGAGGUGUUUAUACCUCCAAGGGGCUGUGGAGGGGGUUUGUUAAGUUACUGUGA